UUGGAAGUAAAAAGUCUUUAUAAGAAGCUUACAGAAGAUGCAAACGCUACUGAAGAAGAGAAAAAUGAAAUGAAAUUACAAAUAUUAGGCGUGAUUGAUGUGAAAAGACUGAAGACCAUAAGAAUCCUUGGAGAGAAACUUAAAGAAGGAGAAAACAGAGAAAAAGCAGAUGAAAUCAAGCUAAAGAUACAGGAACUAAUGGAUAUUGACUUGUUAUAUAAAAGUUAUAUUGUGCAAGAGGAAGUGCUGAAACCGAACUAG